UCGAUCGCGACCACAACGAUUGCGAUCGUUAUGUGGAACGGAUUUGCAAGCGUUACAAGCGUUGCGAGCGUUAAGUGGAACGUACCCUAUAUAUCUUAUCGAUAAUUGAUAGAAAUUUAAGAUUUUAAAUUUCGCGGUUAUUUAAUAUCGAUAAGUUUUGAAAGUCGAUUAAUCGCAAUCGACUUCCGUGACUCAUAUCUCGUAAAAACAGCUGGAGAGGAACGAGAUUAAAUGCAAGCAAGUAAGAGAAGUAGGAUUGUCUAAACUCUAAGUUGUAUUGCAGCUGUUGCGAGCCAAUUACCGAGUACGGAUUAUCGUAUACCGAGUGCAUACGCGGUUAAAAGCUCCGGGAAGGCAAGAACGCGAAUUUCAUCAGAGUUGCAAGAUGUUUCGCAGUUCAACGAACUUUGAUAAAUUAUUAGAUAAGGCGACGAGUCAUCUGCAGUUAGAACCAGAUUGGCCUACAAUCAUGCAAAUUUGUGAUCUUAUACGUCAGAGUGAUGUUCAACCGAAAAUUGCACUUACGGCUAUAAAGAAGAAAAUGAUAAACAGUAAUCCGCAUGUAGCACUAUACGCCUUAUUGGUAUUGGAAUCUUGCGUGAAAAAUUGUGGGACAUUGAUUCAUGAUGAGAUAGCUACCAAGCAAUAUAUGGAACAGCUAAAAGAACUGGUUAAAACCUCGCCACACGAAAACGUUAGACUAAAAACUUUAGAGCUGAUACAAGCUUGGGCUCACGCAUUUCGUAACAGUCCUAAAUAUAGGACAGUUCAAGAUACAUUAAAUAUAAUGAAGGCUGAGGGUUAUCAAUUUCCUGUUUUGAAAGAAAGCGACGCUAUGUUUAGAGCAGACACUGCACCAGCAUGGGCGGAUGGUGAAGUGUGCCAUCGGUGUCGUGUGACUUUUGGCAUGGUUCAACGGAAGCAUCAUUGCAGAGCAUGUGGUCAGGUCUUUUGUGGCCAGUGCUCGAGUAGGGCUUCUACUUUGCCAAAAUUUGGAAUUGAGAAAGAAGUACGAGUUUGCGAAGCAUGUUACGAGCAAGUUAAUAGACCAUCUACAACUCAAACCAAAGAUACUGACCUUCCAGCAGAAUAUCUCAAGAGCACUUUAGCUCAGCAGCAACAAGUCCCAGCUCGAAAAACAGAAGAAGAACUGCGAGAAGAGGAAGAAUUAAAUCUAGCAAUAGCCUUAAGUCAGAGUGAAGCUGAACAAAAAGAAAAAGAAAAGAAACGUGCUACAAGCGUUUUAAAAUCCAAUCCAACUCCCAUAACUAGGACAACAUAUUCUCCACCACCAUCACCUGGUCCUAGCCCAUUACAGGUACAAGAUGAUGACGAGAUCGAACCUGAGCUUGCUAAAUAUCUAAAUCGCAAAUAUUGGGAACAAAGGCAGACUGUAAACGAAGAGCAUGGAUCAAGAGUGGAUGUGACAAGUCCAUCUGCACCUAAUAUAAGCAGUCCGAUGCCCCAAAAACUUGUUGUAGUGAAACAGGAAAAUGGUGAAAUUGAUACUCAAAUGGAAGAAUUUGUAGGUGGCCUAAGAUCUCAGGUUGAAAUUUUCGUGAACAGGAUGAAAAGCAACUCCUCUAGAGGCAGAUCGAUUGCUAAUGAUAGUUCAGUUCAAACUUUAUUUAUGAAUAUAACAGCUAUGCAUUCUAGACUGUUAAGAUAUAUUCAAGAACAAGAUGAUAGCAGAGUGUAUUAUGAAGGUUUGCAAGAUAAAUUAACUCAGAUGAAAGAUGCUAGAGCUGCUUUGGACGCGCUUCGAGAAGAACAUAAAGAGAAAUUACGCAGAAGAGCAGAAGAAGCUGAGAGACAACGGCAGAUGCUGAUGGCGCAAAAAUUGGCUAUCAUGCGAAAGAAGAAGCAAGAAUAUUUGCAAUAUCAACGCCAAUUAGCUUUACGAAAGAUUCAAGAACAAGAAAGGGAAAUGCAAAUGCGUCAAGAGCAACAGAAACAACAGUACAUAAUGGGAGGUUAUCAAGCAGUUCCAGAUUUUAUGGGACCUUCUCAAGGAUCGCCUGUUCGUCAUGUCCAUUAUCCGACUCCUGGAGCUAAUUACAAUCCAAUGUCACCCACAAAUCAAGGAGUUUAUAUGUAUGGACAACCGGCUAUGACUCAAUAUCCUAUGCAGAGUUACAACAUUCCACCAAUGAACACUCUGCCGGUGCACAUGAUGCCAUCACUUCCCAAUCCGGAACAACAAUCAUCAGAUUCAUCCAUCCAAGGACAGGAGACUAUAGGUCGCGUGUCUAUCUCGGGCCCAGGAAUAAUGCCGCCCCAAAUGACACCACCUAUUCAACAGCUUCAGCCACCGAGCAAUCAUCAGAUCGGAUCUCAGCAAGGUCCCACGAUACAUGUGUCACCGGGACAAGCUUCAGCGGGCAGACAUAUAUCGUCUCAACAAGGCGUCACAUCUCAAAUGCCACAGCAGGUGGCCCCUCCGACUCAAAUCGGACUGCCGCCAAUACCUCAAGGGCACAUGGCCCCUUCGUCAGGUCCGGUAGCUUCGAGUAAUCAUGUACCUACCGGCACUGUAGUUGGUCUGCCGCCGCAAAUAGCAUCGCAACAGCCAUCUACCUUGUCUGGCACUCAAGGAUCUGCAAUGUCAGCGCAUGUUUCCAACGCUGCUAUUUCGUCUCAACCUUCAGGUGUUAUUCAAGUGCCUGCCGGAGCUAGCAGCGGACCUGUUUCUGCAACAAGUCAAACUUUACCUGGUCCUCAACCGUCUGGUGUACCGACAAUGCAAGGAAUGGCUCAAAUUCCUGCUGCGCAGCCAAUGCCAUUUCAACCUGUACCUCCAGUCUCAACUACAACCAAUGAAACUCCGCAAAAUUCGGAAGCUACAAAACCUAGAACAGCAGAGCUAAUUUCUUUUGAUUGAGCAAAUUAUGUGUGAAUAUUAUGCAUACAUAUAUAUAAUACUUUUAAAGUAACAAAAAAAUUUCACUUUUUUUCUAAAUUAAAACAUUAUAAAGUUAACAGUUGCAUAUUUUACCGAAUGAAAUUUUACCUCUGGUAAUAAAAUCAUAAUUUUACAUUUGUUAAUUAUUGACAUAAUAAUAAAAUGUUUUUAUGAAAUAUUUCAGAGAACAGAAAAUAAAAUACGAAUGUGUAUUUAAAGGAACAUUAUAUUAGCAGGAUAGAAAAGAUAUGAAUCCGUUACAGUUAGUUUUAUAUACAUACAUUGUGCAAUUUAUGAUACCAAACAAAACUGUUUCUUGCUAUCUCGUUCUUUAAAAAAAUUUGUUUAUAAUUAACAUAUAUCUAUGCAUGUACAGGAUAUGUUUCAACAUAUGGAAUAAAGAUACGGUUUCUAAUAUAA